AUGACUUCCCAAUUUCCCCUCCUACGUCUUCCUCGAUUGGCCCUGUUCGCUGUGUUCAAAGCAUUGAGUAUCGGAGAAAAGAUCAUGCUCUCCCUCUGCUCCAAGAAAACCGCGAUUCAAAUCAAUAAUGAUCGUUUGUACUCUCAAAAAGUUAUAGUCAGUCUAGACAUGUUCAACCAAGGAAUCAGAGUUCACACUAAAAAUUAUAAUGAUAAAUUUGACAUUUUCAUUUAUCCUGAUACCUGGAGUAGCGACAUUUCAAAUACUCAACAAUUUUAUAUUUCAUGUUGUAUUACGGGAAUCAACACAUUUUGGAAGAAUCAGCAAGAAGGAUUUCUGUCUUUUAUUUCACAUCUAUUAAAAAUGUUUCGAUGCAAGAUUACAACUACUUUUAGUUGUUGUGAUAGUGAUUCAUUUCAACAAACAAUUUUAAUGUUUUUUGAUCUACAACUGGAAUUCAAGACGCUUUGUAUCCUAUUUGAUGGAUCAAAAUAUCAAAACUUGUGGAACCAGAUAUCCAGUAAUUUGGGACUGGUUGAGGAUCUUCAGAUCUUUUUCGAUAAUAUGAAUUCUGGUUUCACACCAGUUUUCACUUCAUGGCCAACAAAAGAAAUUAGUAUCUUUGGUUGCAACUGGUUUACUCUGGAAUCUCUUUUGUCGUGCACUUGCAGUAGCAUUACACUCGAGGAGUCUCGACUGGGAAACAAGGAUUUGGAUGAGAUACUCAGAAAAUGGAUGACUGGAGGAUUUCCGAAUCUAAAAUAUCUGAGGAUCCAAAGGCUGAGGCGAACAGAUGAUGGAGAACAUAUUUUGGGAAUGGAUUGGAGGGAUUUAAACGGAAUGGUUAUCCAAUCUAAUGAUGGAUCAAAGAAGGCUACUAUUAACAUUGGUUCAGGAGGUAUUGAAAUAUCUGUGACUCCAUUUGAAUAA